AUGAAUACAGCAUUAGAACAAAUCAAAACUUCAAUUUCUAAAGUAAAAGAAUUGCGACAUUUAAAUUUUCUUAUAACUGAAACUUUUGAUUUGGCUGAAAAACAAUGUGAAGAAGCUGUUAAAAAUGGAAAACAACCUUUUGAAUUUGUUGUAAAGGAUAAUUAUGCUGUUAAAGAUGUAAGGAUGACUUGUGCUUCUAAAAUGCUCAAAGACUUUAUUGCUCCAUAUACAGCAACUUGUGUACAGCGACUUGUGGAUGGAGGUGGAUGUUUAAUUGGAAAAUCAAAUAUGGAUGAAUUUGCAAUGGGUUCAACAUGUACAAGUGGAUAUUUUGGACCUGUUAAACAUUCAAUUUAUGCAACUAAUCAAUCUUUUGAAGACGAAAAGGAAGGAGAUGAUGAUUUUUUAAUCGCUGGGGGUUCUUCUGGUGGUUGUGCUGUUGCUGUGGCUACGGGGGUUGCUAAAUGUGGCUUAGCGAGUGAUACAGGCGGUUCUGCACGUUAUCCAGCUGUUUUAAAUGGUGUUUAUGGUUUUAAACCUUCCUAUGGACAUUUAUCAAGGCAUGGUUUAGUUCCUUUAGCCAAUGCUUUGGAUACACCCUCAAUAAUGACAAAAUCGAUUUCUGACUGUAAACGAUAUUUUGGUUAG